GGGCCGCUGCCCGCAGCAAGACUCGACUAGUAUCCACUGUACCACCAUUCAAUCAGCACUACAUAUCUCAGCUUGACUCUGGAAAGUCUCAAAGCAUACCUCUGCAGAAGAAGUUUGCGCAUGGUCGCGUGCUAGAAGCCUCAGCGUCAUUGUGACAAGUCACCAUUGAGAACUAAUAACUUACGGGUCCUGCCACAUACUCUGUAGGCUAGGGUUGUGUGGCCUCGUUGUCACUGACGACCACGUCUGUCCUGCCUCUCAGGCCCUCAACAACAGCGGCUUGCUGUGGUCGUCCUCCACCCUCCGAAGGCUGCCACUGAAUAUUUAGGUGACCACGAGCAUGCAGAUAUCUCACGUUUCCGCCGCCCAACGUCUUCUGGGCGUUCCGGAGAUCCUCACCCAAGUGGCGGAAGAAGUGGAGGACAAGUACACAGCAGCGUCUCUAGCCCGGACAUGCCGCGACUUCUGCUCGCCCGCCCUCGACGUCCUGUGGAGAUCUCAGUUGGGACUUGUGAAUAUCAUUAAAUGCAUGCCUGCGGACCUCUGGGAGAUCCAGGGAAGUUUCACUAACCAUACGCGCCUGACCCUAACAAUCAGGAGAGCGAUGCGUCCCGGCGAUUGGGACCGAUUCAACGUGUACGCUCCCCGCAUUCGUGAGCUGUGUCUCCACUUCGAUGGCUUCUGGACCACACUAUACACGGACGAUGUUUGGUCUGCGCUCGACAUGUACGCCCCUUCGCGGCCGCUCUUUCCCAAUCUUCGCAAGUGGGAGUAUUACGACAUCCCUCAACGGAACGCCCCGAACCAGCAGCUUUUCAUCAGCGCUACCUUACUCGAGCUGACCCUUCGGUGGCGCUCAUUCGAUGAGCCUGUGGCCCUCCUCUUGGCGUGCCUUCCUCAAUGCUGCCCCCGUCUUCGGACUCUCUUGAUUAGGAUCGAAAGCGGCUAUGUGAAGCCCCCCCAAUGGCCUCCACGUGGAAUAUUCGACUCGUUGAAGGAACUGCGCACUGUGACUAUGGCGGGCGAUUUGGACAGCGACCUCUUGGAAAACGUACUCGUGGAACUACGAUCGCUGCCUCAUCUCAAAGCCCUGACCAUUGAGAACAUCUCUGAAAAUAUAUGGAUGUCAGCAAUUCCUCCAGUUCAGGUUCCCCCGUCUUUCGGGGCUUUGACAGCGCUUCACUUGUCAUGCAAUGAAGGCCACAGCUGUGCUCAAAUGCUAGAGACAUCGUACUUCCCUGCACUCGAGGAGCUCGAUAUCUACGUGAUUAUAUUGGGGCCUUUGAAGGACAUCUUCAGGAUCGUCCAGAAUCACUGCUCACCUACAACUCUCCGCAUCCUGCGCGUCAUAGGGUCCGAUGAGGGCGACAGUGAAUUUGUCGGUCCUGAUGUCGGGUUGCUUGCUGAUGCGGACGACUUCUGCCCGCUAUACGGGUUCCACAACCUAGAAGAGGUCUGGGUGCAGUCGCUGCACGACAUCUCGCUCAUGGACGACGACCUCCACGACAUGGCGCUCGCAUGGCCGAACCUUCGCACCCUGUGGCUCAUCCCACCGGAGUGGUUACUACUUUUGUCUUUCACACCAGAUACCUUCUCGCCCGCGGGUACGCUCAUGGGCCUCCUCCCCUUCGCGCAGCACUGCCCGCAGCUAACAAGCCUCGCGCUCGCGCUCGACACGUCGCACACCGACGCGGAUCGCCUCCUCGACGCGUCUCCAAGCAUACUGCAGUGCGAGUCCGCCGUCACGCACCUCCUCAUAGGCGAAUGCGAGGGGCAGACGGGAGACGUGCAGCAGAUUGCGAUGUCGCUCGCGCUUAUGUUUCCACAGCUCGAGGUGGUGGUGGGCGACUACCCGAGGUUGGAUACCGAUCCUGAAAGUGUCUGGAUGGAGGUCGACCGCAUCUAUCCACAAUGUCUCCGCGAAGUCCUUGCGAAGAAGCGUCAACACCGAAAAGCAAUGAGUGCUGCGGCAGGCGGAUGAAGUGUGUUCACAUUGCCGUUUGUAGACUUUUGCGAGACGUCGAUUCUUGCAUACUCACUAUCGACUCCAGUACACUACUAUGGACCGUUC